UACAAAGAAACAUCCUAAACACGCCAAAACCAUACUAUUUAAAUCUCCAUUUUUAUUUUAUCCAUUUCAUUUUUAAUUCCAAACAUAAAUUCAAGUUUUAUUUUCCGGUGAAUUUAAUUUCUCUUAGUCUUAAUAUCUACGAUCGAUCAAAUUAUGGCAGGCCAACCCAGCUAUCCGGUGCCGGCGAUGACAACAUAUUUGCCUUUAGAACGGCCGGUGGUGGUGAUCGGACCACAAUUCUUGGCUCAAUAUCCGGUGGAUCUUAAAAUUGCCACCAAGCUUUUCUCUCUCGGUGAGACUAGUUUUGGCGUCACCGACGUUAACGGAGCUGUUAUUUUUAGGGUGAAGAGUAAGAUGUUGAGUAUUCGUGAUCGGCGUCAUUUGCUUGACACCGCCGGUAACAAAAUCGCCACCUUCCAACAAAAGAUUAUGACUGCACAUAGGAGAUGGAAGGUUUUCAGAGGAGAAAGCACAAAUGACCAAGAUUUACUCUUCACUGUGAAAAAAUCAUCUAUGCUCCAAUUCAAGACUGAAUUAGAUGUGUGUUUAGCUUCUAACACAUCAGAAAAUGUUCCUGAUUUCAAGAUCAAAGGAAGCUGGUUCGAAAGAUCUUGCACCAUUUAUCUUGGUCAAUCCAAUACCAUAAUUGCACAAAUGCAUAGGAAACACAAUAUUUCAACUAUAAUGUUUGAUGCGGAUAAUUUUGGUGUGACUGUGUACCCAAAUGUUGAUUAUGCUUUUGUUGUGGCUCUGGUGGUGAUUCUUGAUGAGAUCAAUGCAGAUCGUUCAGGCCAAGAUUAGAGUUGUAUAUUUGUUUAUAUUUUUGUUUUUUGUUGGUUUCUUUGUGGAAUAUAUGUGUUAUUUUAGACUAAGGAAUGUGAUUCUGUUUGUGUUUCUUUUCCUAUCUUCUAACCCAUUUGUAUGAGUGUUUAUUGGUAUCUUUUUAGUUUA